UCUUCAGACUAUUAUAAAGCUUCAAUCAAACAUGAAAAUGAUGUAUUAUUUUUUGAAGAAAUGGCAAAAGAACUUUUUAGUAAAAUUUCUGUAGUUGUAUCUAACAAAUAUUUUGAAAAUAAAUCAGACUAA